UGCUGUACCGAGCGUGAAGGCGCUUCUCCCGGGGAACCGUGCUGAUCCGGCCGCUACCGAACCAGCACCAUGGGCAAACUACAGGAAUUCAACAUCACAUUCAGCCAUAAUAAAGUGGUUUACAGUCCAGGAGAGACUAUUUCGGGGACGAUCCAGAUCCUCACCGGACACUCGCUGCAGUACAAGGCCAUCAAGGUCACUUGUGUGGGCUCUUGUGGCAUCUCCAACAAGAUCAAUGACAUGUCGUGGGUGGCGGAGGAGCAGUACGUCAGCAGCAUGCUCUCAGUCGCUGACAAAGGUACUUUACCACCCGGCGAGCACAACUUCCCUUUUCAGUUUCUCAUCCCAGCUCAUGCUCCCACCUCUUUCGAGGGUCCGUUCGGGAAGGUGAUGUACAGAAUCAGGGCUGUAAUAGACACACCGCGCUUCUCUAAGGACUACAAGGCCCAGAGACCCUUCUACCUACUCAAUUCCCUGAACCUCAACGAAGUGCUUGACAUAGAGCAACCCAGUUGUGCUAUGAUGACUAAGAAGUUCACCUACUUCCUAGUGAAGACGGGGACCCUGAUGCUUAAGGCCUGCAGUGAUCUGAGAGGGUACACGCCUGGCCAAAUCAUCAAUCUGACCACCCAGAUCCACAACAAAUCCGGAAAAGACACGGGCUAUGUGCUAGCCAGUCUCAUACAGAAAGUGACCUAUAAGAUGAAGCGGCCGCUGUUUGAUCUGCGGACCAUAGCGGAAGUGGAGGGGGCGGGCGUCAAAGGGGGUAAACAUGCCGAAUGGAGGGAACAGAUCAUCGUACCGGCCCUGCCUCAGUCUUCACUAACUGGCUGCAGCCUUAUAGACAUUGAAUACUUUAUCCAGGUUUCACUAAAAUCUCCAGAGACGGCCGUAACUCUGCCCAUCUACAUCGGAAACAUUGCUGUCAACCUGACUCCCUCCAGGCCUCCCCCUGUCCCGAGUCCUCUUCAGCCUCUGCCCGUCAUGCCCAGCCUUAGCCCUGGACCGGUGCUCCCGAGUGCGCCGCCGGCUGAGGAUGACCAAGAAGAUUUUCAGGGUGCGAGUGGACUAGACAGCGAGGAGAUUCCCACCAAGAGUCACUCUCAGCAGGACCCCACAUGCCAGGCCGUGCCCAUGUCCCCCGGGGCAUUCAGUCACGCGCCGGCUCAGGCUGUCCCUCAGAGUCAGCCCGGCCAGUCGGGCGAGAGCUCCGCGCCUCUCUUCUGCGUCUCGACGGGGGCCACCAUUCCCUAUUUCACCGAUGGUAAUGCAACGCCUGUGCCCACCACCUGCCCUCUCAUUCUGCCUCCGGAAUACAGUAACAGCGAGUACCCACCUGAACCCCCUCCAACUUACGAGGAAAGCUGUAGCAGUAACAACUCCAGCAUCAACACCAGCAUGACAUAGAAGACGACCUUGAAAAAUGUCCCUGUCUAUCUGCAGCCUCCUCUGCUGGACACUCCAGGCGUUGCCUCACAUCCAAAUACGACCAAAACUAUUUGUAGAGAUCUUUCCAUUUUCCUUUGGAUUUAAACUAUAUUAAACUUGAUCUUUUUUGCUUCUUGGUGAGCUAUAAAACACUGGACUUGCACAGAGAAUGAGUUUAUCAGUGCCUCGUUAUGGUAGCACUCCUGAACUACUGUGGGUUGAAGAAAUCUUCUGAGAGGAAAAGCAGCUGAGAUGCUGUGAGAUGAAAGUUUCACAAGUUUUCACAGGAAGUUUCAGUAGCCAAGGCUGGUCUUCUGGGUCAGCAUUUCCUAAGAGACGUCCUAAAAGAAACGGCCUUUUUAAGAACGUAUUGUUGGCGAUUUUGCCCGCUAUACAUUGUAGCUUGUUGUUAUUGGAUGGCAAAAAGUACUCAUCGCUCUUCAGAUGGAUGAAGAAGCAAGAUGGUUGCAUUUCCGCCUUGGGUAUUGAGUGCUUGAAUGGUACCCUAUAUGGCCAAAAGUAUGAGGACACCAUUUCUAAUUAGUCUUUUUUUCUUUUAGCUUGACUGUGCACAAAAAGACUUCCAUAAAGACAUGGAAUGACUUUUGACUUUGGUUUGGAAGAACUCCAAUGGCCUGGGCUGUCCUGAUUUGAAUCCCUUUGAACACUAUUGGGAUAAAUGUGACACAGACACAUUUGAAAUUCCUUCCUUUAAAAGUUUAACAUCAAAUAGAGGGCCAGCUCCACGCUCAUGGUUUUGGAAGAAAAGGACGUCAAACAAGAUACGAGAUGUCCACAUACUUUUGGCCACAAAUCAGAAUACAAAUAGAACUUAUUCCUUUUUAAAUAUAUCCAGUCACUGUCAUCAUAAGCUUCCGGGACAAGAAUUGAGUUGCAUUCACCACCUUAUUACACACCUUAUUCUAAUGUUUGUAGUUUUGCACAUUUUGCUAAAUGUAGCCUAAAAGUGGGAAGUCAGUUGUCGUACCUUAUAACACAGUUGCGUAAAAUGGUUCGAAAGAGGAAAAUCACUGUGGCAAAAUCAUUUCUCGCAGUCUUGGCAGCUCUCUCAGCAUGCACAACACCCACAGUGGCUGAGAAGGGUCGCAAGCUAGCACACGCUGGACUUGUCACAAACCAGUGGUGGAUUCUCAACACCGCUCAUUUAGGGACAUGAUCAGGCUGUAGUAAGGAGGCAGGCUGUUGUAACAGGGAGGUUAGUCCAGCCUUUCCUUUCUCAGAUACGGUCAACUGUGUCUGCAGAGCACCUGCACCACCAAGACUUCAACUCUGCCUCUUCAUACUCUCAUGGUGAUGGGCUAGCACAUUAAAACACCCAUGUAGGAAUCACUGCAAGAUGCCAGAGCAAAGUUAACCCAAAGAGAGCUUUGCACAAAAUACUUGCACACAAAACAAGCUGCCUAAAUAGAAAUGAAUAGAAAUCAGCACCUCUAUGGAAAAUUUAGAUCGAUUACAUGUUCCUUUGGUGCUCUUUGUCCAAGCGGAAAGUGACAAUAAUCGAAUCUCACUCUUGCUAGAGCAGAGUUUCUCAGAAGACCUCAUAGUGUCUUCUGCUUUACAUCAACGUGUCUGUCGAGAAAUUCCAAUUCAUACCACGCUGCUUGUGCUUCUUGUCCGAGCAGAAACAAACCUUGUCUUUCAUACGUUCCAAGAUGCCAAAGGGUCGAAUCGGAAUCAUGCUGGAGAGGAGUUUCCUUUCCUUGCUUUCUUUUCCUUUGUUAACUGGAAAAGUGUCAUGAAGUCUGAUGAGUUCUGGUCUUGCCUCUACGCUAAUGACACAAAGUGACAGGUUCACUAUUGUUCUGGGGUUGAUCACAUGUUGCUGCUGUUCUUCUUGUCCAAGCAGGAAGAAACAUAGGGUCUGUCUGAAAACCUAGUGAGCUGCCUACUACCUAUCUGUGCAGCUGCUUAAGUAGAGAGGAUUCUAAUAAGGCAGAUUAUUUUAGACACACUAAUUAGACAGAGAUUACAUCACUGCAGUUUCAACUUCCUAAGCUAACGGAGUUUAAACCAAUGGGCUGAGGUGGCACAACCCGCUAGCAUGCCAGCUAACAUCUCCCUCCGUGUCCCGAAAACUAUUAAAUUGUCACUGACAAGACUGAAUUUGCAAAUAAAUAACACUUUUAUAAUAACACCUUUAUAUUAAUUAAACAUCA